AUGCAUAUCGCUUUUGUUGAACUUGAAGUUACGAUGAUACCUUGCGUUGAACAUUCGAAGAUGAAGCCAUGGAUUCACACUGAUAUUCAGAAAGGCAAGGAGGCGAGACGAAGCAACGCGGUUUCGACAUGGUGGAGUGACGUAACAAAGGCAGAAUAUCGUCACAGUGGUAAGGAUUUCCUGAGCGGUUGUAACUUUAAGGUGGGGAAUGGUUCAGCCGUGUCCUUUUGGAAUGCUGCUUGGUUAAAAGAUUCCUCUUUGAAUUCUCUUUACCCAAAUUUGCAUAAUCUUAGUUCUAAGAAAUUUAUGAGUGUUACUGAAGCAGGGAAGGAAGUAGAAGAACAAUGGAUUUGGGGAGAUUUUGGCUUAGUGCAGCCUUUGUAUAUUGCUGAUACUGCCAGUCUGGAAGAUUUAAAGAGGUCAGUGCAGGAAGUCACCGUUUGCAGCGAUAGAUCUGAUAGUGUCACGUGGAGGAAGAACCCGGCGGAGGGCUAUACAGUUAAGGAAGGAUACGGAUUUUGCUUUACUCCCCCGGAGGUAAAUGAUCAUGUUGGGGAGGCAGCCCGGUUGAAGGUUUUCGAAAGAUUGUGGAGGAUUAAAAUUCCAUUUAGAAUCAGAGCAUUUGGAUGGAGGUGUAUAUGGAACAGAAUUGCUACAAAAGAUAAUCUAGCAAAAAGAGGUAUAGUUAGUAACCCAUCUGAUAUAUCCUGUUGUUUCUGUUCUUUUCAUGAAGAAUCCAUCCAUCACAUUUUGCUGUCUUGUCCGUCGGCAAAAAAGAUUUGGGAAGAUGUCGGAGAUUGGUUUGGAGUUUCAGCGGUUUCUGACCUCUCAUUAAGCUACAGUUUCAAUUUCUGGUUUGAGUUUUUCAGCAGUAAGAAAGUGAAACCUGGAAAGGAAGGAUUCAUUUGGAUGGUAGUCUGUUGGAAUAUAUGGAAUGCUCGCAACGAGAUUAUCUUUAAGAACCAGACCGUUUCGUUGUCGGACUUACGGUGGAACAUUAAGAUCAAAGCUUGGAAAUGGCUUAUGGUGGGGGAUAUUACUCAUACCAAUAGUAAUUUCUACAACUUUUGUAAAGAUCCCUUCUCCUAUCUUACUUAA